UGUUGGGUGGGUGUGGUGGAAGUGCUAACGGUAACGGUCGCCUAGCGGUAACGGUAACGGGAACGACAGGCGCAAUAGCAGAGAAGCCAGGAGACUCACAUUCACAAUCAGAAUCAGAAACAGAAACAGAAUCGGAAUCAUUGUCAAGACCCCCAGUCAACAGCAGUGCGACAGGAGAGUUGCAAAAUCACAAAUUAGCGAGAAAUCAAGCGAAAAAUCCACGAAAUUCGAGAGAGCUGCAGCGGUAAAUGCUAAGUGCGAAUUACUAAAUGCCAGCGCCCGAACCAGCGCCAAUCAAUCAAUUAGGCCCAGUGGGGGUGCUACCACAGCCCCACCAGCAACAAUACGGCCGGAGAGAGCAGCCGGGGACACAGUGACAGCGACGGAGAUAGCGACAUAGAGCGAGAGAGAGACAUAGAGAAAGUGCAAGAGAGAGAGAGCGUGGCGGCAGGGACAGCAGUUAAAAAUCAAUAUCCGUCUAAAGUUUAUUUCGGUUUCGGUUCGGACACCUUGGAAACUUGAAGUUUCCCUAGCCGAAAUUUCCAUCGAAAUCAAUACAACCCAAAAAAAAAAAAAAAAAAAACUCAACGCCAUUAACUUGCCAAUCGCGUCCGCUUCGUGUUACAAAUUUAAGAACGUUUUUCGCGAACGUAAUCGUGUGUCCAUUUUGUGCUAAGUCCGAACCAUAGAGUUAACGAAGUAAUCAACAGUUUACGAACAACUUGCUCCAUCCAUGCCGCGUGUGCUAGUUAAGCUGCAAACGCUGCAACCAGUCUAAUCCGCACAGCUAAUCCACGUCCAACCGAAAGAUCCGACGAUUGACGAAAAGGGUCGAACGGCAAACGCGAAGAAAGUUAAGAGAUAACAAACUGAAGAAUCGGGAGAUAAAACAUAAGAACAUUUAAGAACAAAACAAAAAUCGAAUUUUCAUGUUUAAAUCGCAAAACCAAAAUUAUCGAUAAAGAAAUUAAAGGAAAACCAAAGAGAGAAAAACCAAAUAUAAAGUAAAUUGCUACCAGUAAACGCUAGUCCAAAUCUUCACUAUAUGAAUAUAUGUAUACUAUAUAUAUUUAACUAAUAAUACUUCAAGAGAACACGCCAAUUGCCGCAACUUUACUCCAACCCGUAAAAAGCAAAGAUUUCCAUUAAACAAACGCAAAAUACCAAAUACCUAACAACACAGCUUCGAAGUGUGCACAAUAACAAAGUAAAAAGUUAUUAACCAAAACCAAAGAAAGACACCCAAAUCAAAACCAAGACAAAUUAUUAUUAAACAAAACCGAAAACCGAAAGACAAUUAAGCAAAGUCGAAGAAAAACUGCGCCAAAGUCACGGCCAGCAAACACAAAGUACAACAAACAAACACAAACGCAAACACAUACACAAGCAACAAGCAGCAAAAGCAACAGCAGUUGCGAAGUGAAGCGUUUCCACUGACCACGCCCACUCCCCGCGGCUGAGCAAUCCGCCCCUUGCAGCAAUUUUCCGAUUUGGCAGCGCAUCGUUUCCGAGAAAUCUUGCGUGCGCCGGGAAAACUGAAGCGCCAGUGUCGGUUGGUUAACAAGAGAACACCCAGAGUAUACCCUCUUUUUUUUCGAGUGUGCGAACCAGUUUUUUUUGUGUGUGACCCAAACCAAAGGCAAGAACAACAGCCACAACUGCACCAACUGUGAUGGGAGAUCAGCCAAAGGCAACGACAACCACCGGAGGAGCAGCUGGCCCAGUUCCUGAAGGCGACGCCGUGAUGGCCACCACCAACCAGGACGCACUGGUCAAGGGCGCAGGAGACGGUCCUGCCCAAAACGCUGCUCAGGAGCCAGGACAGGCGGAGCACGGUGAGCACGGUGAGCCCGGGGAUGCUGGCGAUGGCGGCGACGAUGGCGCCACCGAUGCCGGGGCCAGCUCGCUGCCCCCAUCCGAGAUUGGUGGGCGAGCGCCCCUGGACACGGCCUGCUCGGACGCCGACGGAGGAGCCCCCUCCAGCCUGGCCGGCGGAAUUGUGGGUCCGCCCAGCCCGCUCACCGGCUGCUACCUCCUCAUCGUCCUGGGCGAGCCGCACUCCGAGGAGCACAAGGACAAUAUCUUGCAGCAUCUGCUCAAGGGAUUCCUCUCCUGGGACGUUUCCGAUUGUCACGUCGAUUUGGAAGAGGAGCUCAAUACAAUUACACAGCAUGCGCCCGAGGGCGAGGAGGCUCGUCACGGCGAGCGGCUCAUCCAGUAUGCCAGCGAGAAUCUGGUCACGGAGGUGCUCAUCCACCCGCAGUACAAUACGCUGAUCCAGUGCAUGCGAAACCUGCUUAGCAGUUUCACCCGCCACCGGCACAUCAUCCACGCCGGCUACACCUUCAGUGGCAAUGGUUCCUGGAUAUUGCAGGACGGAACCUUCUCGGUGGCGGACUUCUCUGAGGCCUUCCAGGAGCACGACGUACAAAGGGUGAUUCGGGCCUAUGCCGACACCAUCACCAUGAACAUUCACUGCGCGGACGCGGGUCUAUGGCACACAUUGCCCGAGAAGGCCUUUGCCCGCCAGUGCCGGAUACGGAUAAAUCCCGUGGACGUCCUGGACACGAGCAGCGAGUGCAUCAACGGAUUCAUUGAUUACCUCGCGCCCAUGGUGAUGCCAACCUCGCUGAGGGAGCUGCUUGAGACCUCGGACGUGGUGGGCAACAUCCGCUUUACCCAUCCAACGUUAUAUGUCUUCCCCGGCGGCCAGGGUGACGCGGCGCUUUUCGGGAUCAACGGCUUUAACAUGCUUGUUGACGGUGGCUUCAACCGGAAGGCGUGCUUCUGGGACUUCGCCCGGCACCUAGACCGACUGGACGCGGUUCUGAUGACCCGCUUGAACAACAGCAACGUGCAGGGUCUGGGUGCGGUCGUGUCGCGCAAGCGGGACGCUCACGUCUACCCCCAGAUCGGGCACUUUUUCGGCAAUGUACCUGACCGCAAGGGGCUGCCCAGCCCCGACGGCGAUAAGGACCGCGAUCCACUUCUGAUCGAUUUAUUCGAGCGUGGGCACGGUAUCGUUAGUGACCUGAAGGCACUGGAUCUAAAGCCACAGGGCUGCUACCGCAACCAGGAGCCGGUCAACCUCUAUCACAAGGUCGGCCACGGCACUCUGGAUAUGUAUGUGAUAAGUCCAGCGCGUGACUCAAAGGAAGUGAAGGAGUUUCUCCAGAAGUGGCAUGCCGGCGACCAGCGGCUCUUUGCCGCCCGGGAUUCGCGCGACUUUAACUUCCCACUGCAAAACUUGGUAUCUAUUUGUGCCCUGCUUGUUUGGCAGCCAGCCAACCCGGACGACACUAUCACUCGCAUUCUCUUCCCGGGUAGCACACCCGACUUUAAAAUCCAGGAGGGCCUCGAAAAGCUAAAGCAUCUGGAAUUCAUGAAGCACUCCACAUGCACAGCAAAGUCAAUUGCCCCAGCCAUCCAGACCGUGACCUCAACUCGCAAGAGCUUAAAAUCGGCCAUCGAAGCGACUCCAGCCCCGCCCAGCGCCAGUUACAAGACUACAAAGUUCAGUCCGGUGGCAAGUGCCGCUCUUGCCGUCCAGCAUCCGCAGCAGCAGGAUAACAAAGCAAAGGAAGCUGCGGCAGCGGCUGCUGCUGCUGCAGCUGCUUCUGCAGCUAUUAUUGCCCGGGCCAAAGCCGAUUCCAUGGACACGGAUGCUGAACCGGAACACGAGGCAGACCCCGAACCUGCUGACACUGGGGACGAGGCAGGUCCCACAGAGCCGGAGCCUGAGGCGGAGACUGAACCCGAACCCGAACAUGAACCCGAAGCGGAGCAGGACAAAGAUGUUGGUGAGGAGAAGAAAGUGGAAGUGUUAAUCAUGAAGCCCCAGCAGGCGACAGUACCUGCAGUAGUCGCAUCAUCUGGUAAGGAUGGAGUAGAUGCAGCUUCUGCCGAUGCUACGCCCACCGGCAAACUGAGCAAAGCGUCAGCCAAGGGCAAGGCGGAUAAGCCGCGGGCUGAGGUUAAGCCGGUGGUACGCUCCCGCAUCGACACCAAGCCCCCCAAGUCCAUGGACCGGAAACUAGCCAAACGGGAUGAGAAAAAAAGCUCGCCCACAGCUACGCCGGCCGCCAGGGCACCCGUUGCCCGAGAUGCCAAGCCUAAAGUUUUGAGCCGCCCAGCAACCAAGUCCAGUCCCAGUAGCACUCCUGCUAAGAGUGCCAAGGAGGCCAACAACCGGAAAGUGCUCGAGUCCAAGCAGCAGGCGGCUCGAGUGCAGGCCACCAGCACCGUCUCUAGGCGAGUUACAAGCACUGCCAGUGAAAGGCGAGUCCAACAGCAGACGGAAGCAAAGACAGCGGCUACUGGGGCCACCCAAGCGACCCAGAGGAAACCAAUCUCACGGAGACCUCGUGGCGUUUCACCCUCGAAGCGGGCACCAGCACCCGGAAGUCCGGUGAAGCAGGCGAAGCCAAAGGCGGCAGACUUAAAAAAGGCACGUUUGGACAAGGGAGGCACCACCGACUCUAGUCUGGUGUCCACCCCCUCCGCAGAUGAAGCCACGGCUGCCAAGAAACUUCAAGACCUAACCGCUUCUCAGGAACUGGACGCAGAGAAGCAGCGUGAAUUGGACGACCUUAAGGAGGAGCAGGAGGUGGUACGGGAAAUAGAAGCGGUGUUUAGUCGUGAUGAAAUGAAACGACAGCAGCACCAACAGAUCAAGGCCGAGCUCCGAGAAAUGCCUGCCGAAGGAACCGGCGAUGGUGAAAAUGAGCCUGAUGAAGAGGAGGAGUACCUGAUCAUCGAAAAGGAGGAAGUGGAGCAGUAUACCGAAGACUCGAUCGUUGAACAGGAAAGCAGCAUGACCAAGGAAGAGGAGAUCCAGAAGCACCAGCGCGACUCGCAGGAAUCAGAGAAGAAGCGCAAGAAGAGCGCCGAAGAGGAGAUCGAGGCGGCCAUUGCCAAAGUAGAAGCCGCUGAGCGUAAAGCGCGACUAGAGGGUGCCUCUGCGAGGCAGGAUGAAUCGGAACUGGACGUUGAUCCGGAGCAGAGCAAGAUAAAAUCUGAGGUGCAGGAUAUCAUUGCCACUGCCAAGGAUAUUGCCAAGUCACGCACCGAGGACCAAUUGGCGAAGCCCGCCGAGGAGGAGCUCUCAUCGCCAACCCCCGAGGAGAAGCUAAGCAAAAAGACUUCGGAUACGAAGGAAGAUCAAAUCGGAGCCCCAGUAGAUAUUCUACCAGUCAAUCUUCAAGAAAGCCUACCCGAAGAGAAGUUCUCGGCUACCAUUGAGUCGGGGGCCACCACUGCUCCUACACUACCCGAGGAUGAACGAAUUCCGCUGGAUCAGAUAAAAGAGGACCUCGUGAUCGAGGAGAAAUAUGUGAAGGAAGAGACGAAGGAAGCGGAGGCCAUCGUGGUGGCCACCGUACAGACUCUUCACGAAGCAGCUCCAUUGGCAAUCGAUACCAUCCUUGCCUCCGCCACCAAAGAUGCCCCCAAAGACGCCAACGCUGAGGUUUUAGGCGAGCUGCCCGACUCAGGCGAACGGGUGCUGCCCAUGAAGAUGACAUUUGAGGCCCAGCAGAACCUUCUGCGCGAUGUCAUCAAAACGCCUGACGAAGUUGCAGAUUUACCCGUCCAUGAGGAAGCCGAUCUUGGGCUAUACGAGAAGGACAGUCAGGACGCCGGCGCCAAAAGUAUCUCCCAUAAAGAGGAGUCCGCGAAGGAAGAAAAGGAGACGGACGACGAAAAGGAGAAUAAGGUAGGAGAGAUCGAAUUGGAGGAUGAACCGAAUAAGGUGGACAUCUCUCACGUACUACUCAAAGAGUCAGUACAAGAAGUGGCCGAGAAAGUCGUGGUUGUUGAAACUACAGUGGAGAAAAAGCAGGAGGAGAAGCUGACCCUCAAAACCGAGAAGAUUGUGGAAGCCACUACAGUCACUACCCAAGAAAAGCAGGCAGAUCUAAUGGGGCAGGUAAAGGAUAAAGAAGAGCAUGGACAAAAAGUAGAGUCUGGAAUCAUUACCGAAAAGGAAGCCAAAAAGUCGGCUAGCACUCCCGAGGAAAAGGAGACCAGCGACAUUACAUCCGAUGAUGAGCUUCCAGCCCAACUGGCGGAACCGACCACUGUGCCACCCAAAUCAGCUAGAGACCGCGGAGACACCGGCUCCAUUGACAGUCCCCCCACCAUUGAGGAGGCCAUUGAAGUAGAGGUGCAAGCCAAGCAAGAAGUCCAAAAACCUGUGCCAGCUCCGGAGGAGGCUAUCAAGACGGAAAAGUCACCACUUGCCUCAAAGGAGACCUCCCGACCUGAAUCUGCGACAGGAAGCGUCAAGGAAGACGCUGCGCAGCCGGAAUCCAAGAAAUCCCCAGUACCCUCCCGACCUGAAUCUGAGGCAAAGGAUAAGAAGUCUCCACUCGCUUCAGGAGAAGUUUCUCGACCGGAAUCUGUAGCGGAAAGCGUCAAAGAUGAAGCAGGAAAAGCAGAGAGUCGACGAGAAUCCAUUGUCAAAACUCAUAAGGAUGAAAGUUCUCUUGAUAAAGCAAACGAGCAGGAAAGGCGUCGCGAAUCUCUUGCGGAAAGCAUCAAGCCAGAAAGUGAAAAAGAUGAAAAGUCUGCCUUGGCAUCGAAAGAAGCCUCUAGACCAGAAUCUGUGGCAGAAAGCAUAAACGUCGAGGCAGAAAAGUCAAAGGAGCCGUCCCGCCGCGAAUCCAUCGCAGAAAGCUUAAAGGCGGAGAGUACGAAAGAUGAAAAAUCCGCUCCUCCCUCUAAAGAAGCUUCGCGGCCAGGAUCAGUAGUAGAAAGUGUUAAAGGUGAGACUGAAAAGUCGAAGGAACCAUCGCGACGGGAGUCAAAAGCUGAAAGUGCCGAGCCCGCUAUUGAAUCUAGGGAAGUCUCACGACCCGAAUCCGUAAUUGAUGGUAUCAAAGACGAAUCUGCGAAGCCCGAGAGUCGUCGUGAUUCCCCCCUUGCCUCAAAGGAGGCUUCCCGGCCAGGUUCUGUAUUGGAUAGCGUCAAAGAUGAACCAAUUAAAUCCACAGAAGAGAGUCGCCGUGAGUCGGUGGCGGAAAGCGUCAAAGCAGAUAGUACAAAGGACGAAAAGUCCCCACUUGCGUCCAAGGAUAUAUCGCGACCAGAAUCGUCUGUGGAAAAUGUUAUGGAUGCAGUAGGAACAUCUGCAGAGCGGUCGCAGCCAGAAUCCGUAACUGCCUCCAGGGAUGUCUCUAGACCGGAAUCAGUAGCGGAAAGUGAAAAGGAUGACACUGACAAACCUGAAUCUGUUGUGGAAAGCGUUAUUCCUGCUUCCGAUGUUGUUGAGAAAGAUGCGGCUGAUAAAGAAAAAGGUGUUUUCGUAUCAGUUGAAAGUAGAAAGCCAGAUAGCCCUUCUGAGGCCAUCUCCAGACCAGGAUCCGAAGUAGAAAGCGUAAAGCCUGAGAGCCGGCGUGAGUCAUCUACUGAAAUCGUUCUUCCAAGCAAUACGAAGGACUCCAAGGAACCAUCCAGACCAGAAUCAAAAGUAGAAAGCCUUAAAGAUGAAUCUGAAGUAUUAAAGAGUCCUUCCCGACGAGCGUCUGUGGCAGAAAGCGACAAAUCUUCACAGCCAUUAAAGGAGGCUUCUAGGCCAGAAUCUGCUGUGGGUAGUUUGAAAGAUGAGGGUAUGUCAAAAGAACCAUCUCGACGUGAGAGCGUAAAAGAUGGAGCUGCCCAAUCACCACGGGAGACUUCUCGUCCCGCGUCCGUUGCAGAAAGUGCCAAGGAUGAGGCUGAUGAUCUAAAGGAACUGUCUAGACCCGAAUCGACGACCCAAAUCAAUGAAGAGGGAAGUAUAAAAGAUGAAAAAUCACCUUUGGCCUCCAAGGAAGCUUCGAGACCAGCAUCCGUUGCAGAAAGUGUGAAGGAUGAAGCUGAGAAGUUCAAGGAAGAAUCAAGGCGAGAGUCGAUAGCUGAAAAAUCACCUUUGGCCUCCAAGGAAGCAUCCAGACCAGCAUCCGUUGCAGAAAGGGUAUUAGAUGAAGCAGAGCAGUCUAAGGAACCAUCACCUUUGGCCUCUAAGGAAGCUACUAGGCCCACUUCCGUUGCAGAAAGUGUAAAGGAUGGAGCUGAAAAGUCCAAGGAAGAAUCCAGGCGAGAGUCGGUGGCCGAAAAGUCACCUCUGGAAUCUAAGGAAGCUUCCAGACCAGCAUCCGUUGCAGAAAGUGUAAAGGAUGGAGCUGAAAAGUCCAAGGAAGAAUCAAGGCGAGAGUCGGUGGCCGAAAUGUCACCUUUGGCCUCUAAGGAAGCAUCCAGACCAGCAUCCGUUGCAGAAAGUGUAAAGGAUGGAGCUGAAAAGUCCAAGGAAGAAUCAAGGCGAGAGUCGGUGGCCGAAAUGUCACCUUUGGCCUCUAAGGAAGCUUCCAGACCAGCAUCCGUUGCAGAAAGUGUAAAGGAUGGAGCUGAAAAGUCCAAAGAAGAAUCAAGGCGAGAGUCGGUGGCCGAAAAGUCACCUUUGGCCUCUAAGGAAGCAUCCAGACCAGCAUCCGUUGCAGAAAGUGUAAAGGAUGGAGCUGAAAAGUCCAAGGAAGAAUCAAGGCGAGAGUCGGUGGCCGAAAUGUCACCUUUGGCCUCUAAGGAAGCUUCCAGACCAGCAUCCGUUGCAGAAAGUGUAAAGGAUGGAGCUGAAAAGUCCAAAGAAGAAUCUAGGCGAGAGUCGAUAGCCGAAAAAUCUCCUUUGCCCUCCAAGGAAGCUUCCAGACCAGCAUCCGUUGGAGACAGUGUAAAGGAUGAAGCUGAAAAGUCCAAGGAAGAAUCAAGGCGAGAGUCGGUGGCCGAAAAGUCACCUUUGGAAUCUAAGGAAGCUUCCAGACCAGUAUCCGUUGCAGAAAGUGUAAAGGAUGGAGCUGAAAAGUCCAAGGAAGAAUCCAGGCGAGAGUCGGCGGCCGAAAAGUCACCUUUGGAAUCUAAGGAAGCUUCCAGACCAGCAUCCGUUGCAGAAAGUAUAAAGGAUCAAGCUGACAAGUACAAGGAAGAUUCUAGGCGAGAGUCGAUAGCCGAAAAAUCUCCUUUGCCCUCCAAGGAAGCUUCCAGACCAGCUUCCGUUGCAGAAAGUCUUAAGGGCGAAGCUGAAAAGUCUAAGGAAGAAUCACCUUUGGCCUCUAAGGAAGCUUCCAGACCAGCAUCCGUUGCAGAAAGUGUAAAGGAUCAAGCUGACAAGUACAAGGAAGAUUCUAGGCGAGAGUCGAUAGCCGAAAAAUCUCCUUUGCCCUCCAAGGAAGCUUCUAGACCAGCUUCCGUUGCAGAAAGUCUUAAGGACGAAGCUGAGAAGUCUAAGGAAGAAUCACCUUUGGCCUCUAAGGAAGCUUCCAGACCAGCAUCCGUUGCAGAAAGUGUAAAGGAUGAAGCUGAGAAGUCCAAGGAAGAAUCUAGGCGAGAGUCGAUAGCCGAAAAGUCCCCUUUGACCUCCAAGGCAGCUUCCAGACCAGCUUCAGUUGCAGAAAUUUAUAUAGAUGAAGCUGAAAAGUCCAAGCACGAAUCUAGGCGGGAGUCUAUGGCCGAAAGCGGUAAGGCGGAGAGUAUCAAGGGUGAACAAUCUCCUCUAGCAUCAAAGGAAGCGUCAAGGCCCGAUUCUGUUGCGGAAAGCGUUAAGGACGAUGUUGUUAAGCCAGAAAGUCGGCGCGAAUCUGUUGCAGAGAUUGUUACACACAAAGAAGCUAGGGAAGAGAAAUCACCUUUGAAGGAAUUUUCACGACCAGAGUCUGUGGCGGAGAGUGUUAAGGACGAUCCUGUCAAAUCCAAGGAACCAUCCCGUCGAGAAUCUGUAGCAGGAAGUGUCACAGCGGAAGGUGCUCGAGACGACAAAUCUCCUUUUGCGUCAAAGGAAGCGUCAAGGCCAGAAUCAGUGGUUGACAGCGUUAAGGACGAAGCUGAAAAGCAAGAAAGUCCUCAAUACAUUAAGGACGACAAGUCCACAGAGCACUCCCGACGCGAAUCACUAGCGGAUAAGUCUGCUGUUCCAUCAGAAAAGUUUGUUUCUCGACCAGUAUCUGUGGCCAGUGACCAUGAAGCUGCCGAAGCUAUUGAGGAUGAUGCAAAGAGUUCCAUCUCUCCCAAAGAUAAAUCCCGUCCAGGUUCUGUUGCUGAAACUGUAUCAUCUCCAAUUGAGGAAGCACCAAUAGAGUUCUCAAAGAUUGAAGUCGUAGAAAAGUCCAACCUAGCUCUUAGCCUACAAGCUGGCUCAGGAGGUAAACUGCAAACGGAUUCUAGUCCUGUUGACGUGGCCGAGGGAGACUUUUCGCAUGUGGUCGCUUCGGUUUCCACCGUCACGCCCACACUUACGAAACCUGCAGAACUCGCAAAGAUUGGUGCAGCUAUAACGGUCUCGUCUCCUGUAGACGAGGCUCCAAGAACUCCAUCUGCUCCAGAGCAUAUAUCCCGAGCAGAUUCACCCGCAGAAUAUGCGAGUGAAGAGAUUGCCAGUCAAGACAAAUCACCACAAGUUUCGAAGGAGUCCUCACGACCAGCGUCUGUUACAGAAAGCAAAGAUGACGCUGCGCAGCUAAAAAGAUCUGUGGAAGAUCUUAGAUCUCCAGUUGCCUCCACGGAAAUUUCUCGCCCAGCAUCAGUGGGAGAGACAGCAUCAUCGCCCAUUGAGGAAGCACCCAAAGACUUCGCGGAAUUUGAGCAGUCCGUGAAAGCAAUGCUGCCCUUGACUAUUGAACUGAAGGGUAGUCUCCCAACGUUGUCGAGCCCUGUAGAUGUGGCUCAUGGUGACUUCCCCCCGACUUCAACAACAAGCUCCCCAACUGCAGCUGCAGUCCAACCAGCUGAACUCUCUAAAGUCGACAUUGAGAAGACAGCAUCAAGUCCGAUAGACGAGGCUCCGAAAUCAGUACUUGGAUCUCCGGCAGAAGAGCGUCCAGAAUCUCCUGCAGAAAGUGCCAAGGAUGCAGCUGAAUCGGUGGAAAAAUCCAAGGAUGCAUCACGUCCACCAUCUGUAGUUGAAAGCACUAAGGCGGAUAGCACGAAAGGCGAUAUAUCGCCUUCUCCGGAAUCGGUGUUGGAAGGACCAAAGGACGAUGUUGAAAAAUCUAGGGAAUCAUCGCGUCCGCCAUCUGUUUCAGCAAGUAUUACGGGGGAUUCCACUAAAGAUGUCUCCCGACCAGCCUCAGUAGUAGAAAGUGUUAGGGAUGAGCAUGAUAAGGCAGAGAGCCGUCGAGAGUCAGUUGCUAAAGUGGAAAGUGUUGUUGACGAAGCCGGCAAAUCUGAUUCCAAAAGCGCUAGUCAGGACAGUCAUAAAGAUGAAAAGUCAACGCUAGCAUCGAAAGAAGCCUCUCGAAGAGAAUCCCUUGUGGAAAGCUCAAAAGAUGACGCUGAAAAGUCUGAAAGCUGUCCAGAAUCGGUCAUCGACAGUGCAGAGCCAGUCCCCAGGGAAUCGAAAUCCACACUGGACUCAAAGAAUACGUCUCGUCCAGGCUCAGUGGUAGAAAGCGAUACAGCUGAAGCUGAGAAGUCUGAGCAGCAAUCCCGUCGGGAGUCUGUAGCGGAAAGCGUCACGGCAGAUAGCAAAAAAGAUGGGAAAUCUCAAGAAGCAUCCCACCCAGCCUCUGUCGAUGAACUUCUAAAAGACGAUGAGCAAAAACAGGAGAGCAGGCGGGAAUCCAAAGAAAUUUCAAGGCCGGAAUCGGUUGUAGAGGAUGAAAAGGAGAAACCCGAUAGUCGUCGUGAAUCCGUUACCGAAAGCGUUAAACUAGACAGCUCCAAUGAUAAAAAAUCUCCCCUCGGCUCCAAGGACGCCUCCAGGCCGGGAUCCGUUGCCGAUAGUGAUAAGGAUAAAGCUGACAAAUCCAAAGAGCCAUCCCGACCAGAAUCCGUCGCAGAAAGCAUAAAGCAUGACAGUACAAAGGAUGAAGAGUCUCCACUAGUCUCCCGGCGAGAUUCCAUCGCAGAAAGCAUCAAGACAGAUAUCACAAAAGGCGAAAAGUCCCCUUUGCCGUCAAAAGAGGUCUCUCGACCUGAAUCCAUCGCAGGAAGCAUUAAAGAUGAAAAGGCUGAAAGCCGUCGUGAAUCUGUGGCAGAAAGCGUUAAGCCGGAAAGUGUAAAGGACGCAACAUCAGCUCCACCAUCAAAGGAACAUUCUCGACCGGAGUCCGUUUUGGGAAGCCUCAAGGAUGAAGGCGAUAAGACCACAAGUCGCCGCGAUUCGGUGGCUGACAGUAUAAAAGAUGAGAAGUCCCUUCUUGUAUCACAAGAAGCUUCCCGGCCAGAAUCUAAGGCAGAAAGCUUAAAAGAUGCGGCUGCACCGUCGAGGGAGACCUCUCGUCCCUCAUCUGUUACAGAAAGCGUCAAGGAUGGAAAAUCCCCAGUCGCAUCCAAUGAAGCAUCCAAAGAAGCGUCCAGAGCAGCAUCCGUUGCAGAAAGUGUUAAAGAUGAAGCUGAGAAAUCUAAGGAAGAAUCAAGGCGAGACUCGGAAGCCGAAAAAUCUCCUUUGGCCUCAAAGGAAGCUUCCAGACCAGCUUCCGUAGCAGAAAGUGUUAAGGACGAAGCUGAGAAGUCUAAGGAAGAAUCACUGUUGGCCUCUAAGGAAGCUUCCAGGCCUACUUCCGUUGCAGAAAGUGCUAAGGACGAAGGUGAGAAAUCUAAGGAAGAAUCAAGGAGAGAAUCGGUGGACGAAAAAUCUCCUUUGCCCUCCAAGGAAGCUUCCAGACCAGCUUCCGUUGCAGAAAGUGCUAAGGACGAAGGUGAGAAAUCUAAGGAAGAAUCUAGGAGAGAAUCAGUGGCCGAAAAAUCUCCUUUGCCCUCCAAGGAAGCUUCCAGACCAGUUUCCGUUGCAGAAAGUGUUAAGGACGAAGAUGAGAAGUCUAAGGAAGAAUCACUGUUGGCCUCUAAGGAAGCUUCCAGGCCUACUUCCGUUGCAGAAAGUGCUAAGGACGAAGGUGAGAAAUCUAAGGAAGAAUCUAGGAGAGAAUCGGUGGCCGAAAAAUCUCCUUUGCCCUCCAAGGAAGCUUCCAGACCAGCUUCCGUUGCAGAAAGUGCUAAGGACGAAGGUGAGAAAUCUAAGGAAGAAUCUAGGAGAGAAUCGGUGGCCGAAAAAUCUCCUUUGCCCUCCAAGGAAGCUUCGAGACCAGCUUCCGUUGCAGAAAGUGCUAAGGACGAAGGUGAGAAAUCUAAGGAAGAAUCUAGGAGAGAAUCGGUGGCCGAAAAAUCUCCUCUGCCCUCCAAGGAAGCUUCUAGACCAGCUUCCGUUGCAGAAAGUGUUAAGAAUGAAGCAGAGAAGUCUAUGGAAGAAUCUAGGCGAGAGUCGGUUUCCGAAAAAUCUCCUUUGGCCUCUAAGGAAGCUUCCAGACCAGCAUCCGUUGCAGAAAGUGUAAAGGAUGAAACUGAGAAGUCCAAGGAAGAAUCUAGGCGAGAGUCGAUAGCCGAAAAAUCUCCUUUGCCCUCCAAGGAAGCUUCCAGGCCAGCAUCCGUUGCAGAAAGUGUUAAGGACGAAGCUGAGAAGUCUAAGCUAGAAUCUAGACGAGAGUCGAUGGCCGAAAGCGGUAAGGCGGCGAGUAUCAAGGGUGAUCACUCUUCUUUGGCGUCGAAGGAAGCGUCAAGACCCGAUUCUGUUGUGGAAAGCGUUAAGGACGAAGCUGAGAAGCCAGGAGGGGCAGCGAAUGACAAGUCACAGGAUGCAUCCCUCGCAGAGUCUGUGGCAGUAAGUGCCAAGGACGAGAAAUCACCGCUUCUUUCGCGUCCUGAAUCAGUGGCUGACAAGUCGCCAGCUGCCUCGAAGGAAGCAUCUCGCUCUGCAUCGGUUGCCGAAACCGCCUCAUCACCCAUUGAAGAAGGUCCACGAUCCAUUGCUGACCUCAGUCUGACCCUUAACCUUGCAGGUGAAGCUAAGGGCAAGCUUCCAACUCUUUCGAGUCCCAUUGAUGUGGCAGAAGGAGACUUUUUAGAAGUAAAAGCGGAAUCCUCCCCGCGGCCAGCUGCACUUUCGAAGCCAGCGGAGUUUUCGCAGUCCGAUACUGCGCAUACAGCCUCCACACCCGUGGACGAGGCUUCUCCCGUUCUGGAGGCAAUCGAAGUAGUUGAACAGCAUACCGCCUCUGGAGUCGGAGUCACGAGCGUAACAGCAGAAACGGACCUACUUGACCUGACUGAAACCAAAUCCGAGACUGUAACCAAGCAAUCGGAGACAACGUUAUUUGAAACCAUUACCUCGAAGGUUGAAAGUAAGAUGGAAGUACUGGAGAGCACGGUGAAACAAGUUGAAGAGAUAGUCCAGACCUCAGUAAAGCAAGCAGAAACCACUGUGACCGAUUCCUUGGAGCAACUGACCAAGAAGAGCAGUGAGCAGUUGACAGAGAUCAACUCAGUGCUAGACACCAACGUCAGCAACGUAACCAACUUAUUUAGCACUGCAGUGGAAACCGUUGAAAAGAAAGUACAGGACGUGACAGAAAAAGUAAUUGAGAAGGCAACCGAACACGUUUCCGAGCACGUCACCACUACUGCUGAGAGCUCAACGGAAACUAGCCAGGAGAAGAGUAGCCUGGAUCUGGGCACAUUCUCGGAGCUGCGCGAAACGCAUAUUACCACCGUGGGGUCACCGGAGUUCACGGUCACGAUCUGCGAGCGCGAUGAGCCCGUGCUGCACGACAUCAAGGAGGAGGACGAGGAGCAUCGCUUCUCGCCUCCGAGCGAUGGGGACAAGGCAGUAAUUAUUCCACCACAGCCGAUGCGGCCGCUGUCACCGCGCGAGGAAGAAGUAGCGAAAAUCGUUGCCGAUGUGGCCAAGGUACUUAAGUCCGACAAGGACAUUACAGACAUCAUACCCGACUUUGAUGAACGACAACUGGAGGAGAAACUGAAGUCAACUGCCGACACAGAGGAGGAGUCCGACAAAAGUACCCGGGACGAGAAAUCCCUGGAAAUAUGCGUCAAAGUAGAAAUCGAGUCUGAGAAGUCAUCGCCCGAUCAGAAGUCUGGCCCCAUUUCCAUCGAGGAGAAGGACAAAGUCGAGCAAUCAGAAAAAGCACAGUUGAGGCAGGGAAUAUUGGCUAUCAGUCGGCCGGAGUCAGUUGCCAGCCAGCCGGAGUCGCCCUCCCCUUCCCAGUCAGCAGCCAGCCAUGAACAUAAGGAAAUGGAAAUUCAGGCUAAGAAACAGUCAUCCCCUGUUCCCAGCAAGGAUGAGUAUGGACGCGAGUCCGUGCUAUCCCAGAGCCAUAAAGCUGAGAUGUCUUCUCGCCCAGAGUCUGUUGCCAGCCAGGUCAGCGAAAAGGACAUGAAGACAUCGCGCCCAGCAUCUAGCACCAGCCAAUUUAGCACCAAGGACGGCGAUGAGGAGACGACUGAGUCGCUAAUUCACUCGCUUCCUACCACAGAGACAGUGGAGACGAAACAGAUGGAAGAGAAAUCGAGCUUUGAGUCUGUCUCCACUUCAGUCACUAAGUCCACAGUCCUCUCUAGUCAGUCAACUGUUCAACUUCGCGAAGAGUCCACCAGCGAAUCGUUAAGUAGCAGCCUUAAGGUGGAGGACAGCUCCCGCCGCGAGUCGCUCUCCAGCUUGUUGGCCGAGAAAGGAGGAAUCACUACCAACACUAGUUUGAAGGAGGACACUAGCGCUUCUGCAUCUCAGCUGGAUGAGCUGCUUGUGCAGUCCGAGGAGUGCUCAUCAGAGUCAAUCGUCAGCGAGAUUCAAACCAGCAUUGCUCAGAAGUCAACUAAGGAAACCAAGGAUGCUAGGGAAACCAAAGUAACCAGCCAGUUUACCACUAGCACCAGCAGCGCCACCAAAGACGAUAGCUUAAAGGAAACUGUGGCCGAGUUUCUGGCCACCGAGAAGAUUGUUUCUGCCAAGGAAGCCUUCAGCACUGAAGCCACUAAGUCGGCCGACGACUGUUUGAAGAAGGCCACCGCCAGCACCGUCUCCAGCACAACCGCCUCCCAGCGAGCGCUAUUCGUGGGCACGGACGAAUCACGGAGGGAGUCUCUGCUGAGUCAGGCAAGUGAGAGCCGCUUGACCCACAGUGAUCCUGAAGAUGAGGAACCCGCUGACGACGUUGACGAGCGGUCCAGUGUUAAGGAGAGCCGUUCCAAGUCUAUUGCUACCAUCAUGAUGACCAGCAUCUACAAACCUUCCGAGGAUAUGGAGCCAAUUUCAAAGCUCGUAGAGGAGGAGCACGAGCACGUGGAGGAGCUGACUCAGGAGGUCACUUCUACCAGCAAGACCACAACUCUUUUGCAAUCCAGCGAACAGAGUAGCAGCACAACCACCAGUAGCACCACCAAGACCGGUGCCUCAAGGGUGGAGUCCAUUACACUCACACAAAUGGAUCAGCAGACUAGCCAGAGUCAGGCCGAGCCUGCCGAUCGCAAGACACCGCCAACGGCACCAGUAAGUCCCGGUGUCAAAGCAAUGAGCUCGACAGGAUCAGCUGGCUCUGUGAUUGGGGCUGGAGCCGUAGCCGCUGGUGGAAAGUGCGAGUCGAGUGCCGCCAGCAUCGUCUCUUCAUCGGGCCCGAUGUCGCCCAAGGACAUCAGCGGCAAAUCCAGUCCCGGUGCGCUCACUUCGGAGAGCCAGUCAAUUCCCACUCCGCUAGGUCGGGAGUCGCAUACGGACACCCCAGAAUCUUCGCCAAAACCCACAUCGCCUUUCCCGCGCGUUAGCAAGGACGAGCUUAAGUCUCUGGAAAUGCAGCACCACGAGCAAGAGCAGAUGUUGGCAGGAGCAGCCGCUACAGCCGGAGCUGAGUGUGAAGGUGACAUUCCCGAGCUGCACGAACUGCGUGGACUCGAGUGCACCACAGCCCUCAGCGGGAGCACCGACAAGAUAAUCACCACCACAAUCACCACGGUGACCAAGGUAAUUUCGGCGGAUGGCAAGGAAAUAGUAACCGAGCAAAAGACGGUGACAACCACAGACAGCUCGGAGCCCGACAGCGAAAAGGUAGUGGUGACCACAACGCGCACUACCAGCGAGAGCGAACGAGACCAGCUGCUGCCCAAAGAGGUGGCGCUGCUGCGCGGCCUGUACCGCGCCAGCACCCCAGGCAGCGAGGACGACGAGGACCUGCUACUAGGAUCGCCGCGCAGUGCCACCAGCUACGAGCUGCAACACUCUAGCUCCGGUGUGAGCAAGCGCUCCGAUCUGGAUGCUGACGGCGACGAGAGCCAGGAUGACAUUCCUCCUCAGUAUGGCAGCGAGGAGCACUCAACGGCACGAUCGAUUCUUCUGCCUCGCACAGCCGACCCAAUGGCCACCUCCUUCUACGGCGCCCUGCCGGACAGUUUCGACGUUGUGAUGAAAUCCAGCACCGAACCAAUCCCGAUCCAGGGCGCACCGUCCGGCGAUAGCCAGUCGUCGGAGAGUGUGGAGAGCAGUAGCCAGACCUGGGCAGGACACAAGUUCCUCGACCAGGCAGACAAGGACUUCCAGCGAGCACUUGAGGAGCACGUACAGGCGCGCGGCGCCGAGGUCAUGUCUUCCGUCACCGCCAAGUACUCGUACUCGCCCUCGAAGGCCGAGGAAAUGGAACAGAUCGUGAGCGGCACUGCGGAACGGCAGCGCUUCCCGCUCAGCGAUGUCCAGCGAGCCCGUGUGGGGGAGAGUGGCUUUGCCACAGUUGGCAGUGUCGCCUCCCAGCAGCAGCAGCAGGAGAAAGGAGAGGAAGUGGAACAAGACGUCCCUACCACAACUGCAGCAACAGCAAGCACCACAGCCACAGCGAGUUCCACUGGAGCUCUGCCCAAGGACCGCCUCGAGGAGUGGGGCAAGCCCCUAGGCCUGCCAUCACCAGCACCACUGCCUGUAGAGGGCGGUGCUGACAUUCGCACCACUCCCAAGAAGGAACGCCGCCUGGUGGCCACCAAGACGCGACUGAACAACGAGAAGAACCUGCGCAGGCGCAGCGAAUCGCCCAACAAGGCCGGCAAAAAGCCAGCGCCCGUCUACGUGGACCUCACAUACGUGCCGCACAACGGCAACUCCUACUACGCCCACGUGGACUUCUUUAAGCGUGUGCGAGCCCGCUACUACGUCUUCUCCGGCACGGAACCCAGUCGCCAAGUGUAUGAUGCGCUGCUCGAGGCCAAACAGACAUGGGAGGACAAGGAGUUGGAGGUCACCAUUAUACCUACGUACGACACUGAUGUGCUAGGUUAUUGGGUGGCUGAAAACGAGGAGCUGCUAGCCAAGCACCGCAUCGACCUCUCGCCCUCCGCGUCUCGUUGCACCAUCAACCUGCAGGACCACGAGACCUCCUGCUCGGCCUACCGCCUGGAGUUCUAGGCCACGGGCUUGUUUAUUGCAUUCGACGAUGACUAAGCCAACCCACAACGCACCCAGCCAUAGACGCAGACGAGCCGAGCACUGCCAGAGAAUUAGGUCCAUGUACGGACUACAAAGUGCAUGGACUCGAGCUCUGACACGACAAGAACCAGGACUAGGACUAGGACCAGCACAACGACGACCACAGCAAGAGGAGAAGGAUUGGGAUGGGGAUCCGAAUGGGAAUGACAGUUCAGACAAUUCAAUUGGCCAAGUUUCGUGAGCAGGAGCCGCAGGAAACGGAAAUGAGCCGCACGUUGGCUGAUAUGGCGGAGUUUGGGUCACGCGAAUGACUCCAUUUUGUUUACCAAUGCCGCCUAUUGAGCUUUCGACGACUUGUUUCGGCCGACCAAAAGCUACGUAAUUAAUUGAUAUUAAGUUUUAAAAAUUAAUUACCAAAAGAUGCAUUGCAACCGAUCCUCAGUGGUUUAGUCGAGGAGAAGCCAUUUAUGUCGCUUUCAUUGCAUAACGUCAAGCUACCUUGCCUAGUAAUCCAAAGAUCAAAAUAGUUUUCAAAACCGCAUAGCUAAAAUAUACAAAGGAGAAACGAAAGGAGAAAAGAAGGCGAGAAAAUACUAAGAAAAGACACACUCUAUACAUAUAUAGAGUACUUAAUAUUCAUGUUUAAUAUAUGUAUUAGUCGAAACUUUUACGAACCCUCUCGUAUGGUCUCCCCAUACCAAAGGUAUUCGAAUUUUAAAGCGAGCAUUAGCUAAUUGAACGUGUAUAACCCGUAAAGUCAGAGCUCUUUAGCCGUAGGAUAAUAAGCGAUCAUAAUACAGAACGAAGAUCGGAGACGGAUUCACUACCCGCCCUUCGGACUUAACUGAAUCAAACGUUAGGGCUAACAAGUGAUUGCAACAAAGAUUCUUUUUUCGAUUUACCCCUUACCGAAGCAAAUACAGUAUCCGAGAGUCGGGAUUCAGGAUUCGAUAACCUCAAUAUUUAAGUAAUUCCAGAUCCAAUCGUUUUCGUAGUCCGUUCUCACCGUUUAGUUUCGUAUGUUUUUCUUUGCAUUUCGUUUCGUUGUUUCAGCAGGCAGCCGCAGAAAGACUUAUAAUCCAACUUGCUAUAGCGACCGAUAUACGUACACCUCCACUCCCACAUAGGAGACUUAAGGAAGAUGAGAAGCGAACUGACACUGGGAUUUGGGGAUUGGGAACUGGAGUGGCGAGGUGAUGCAGUUAGGAAACGAAGGGUCCUAAAGCAUCCUAACGCCAUUGCCGGAGGAUCAGGGAAGCAAGAAGGUGAUCAAAGUAUUGGAUGAAGACGAUGACGAGGACGGUAGAGUCAAUGCUGAUGUUACUAUGUAAGGAUCUGAGUGAUCUAAAUGGGCUUAGGAAUAGGACUAGAACUGGGCUUGUGAUGGGGCGGGAGUCUUGGGUUGGGUGGGUUGGGUUCCGGGUUGGGGUUGGGGUCGAAUAGAAUGGAAUGGGAUUUAAUGGAUGGGUGAGGGGACAGUGAAACAGCUAUUGUGAGAUUAAAACGAGAAUGAGCAGAGAGUCAUAACUAUAUACUCGUACGAUACGAUAAAUAUGAAGUACACAAAGUGAAUGAAGGUUAUUUUUCUAUAUUUUUUUUACUUUUCAUAGUCAUAGAAUAACAAAUUUGCAACAAACAAACAAGGAAGACAAAUAUGCAGCAAGACGCGAACCAGGCACACAGGCAAUUUUAAUCAAUGUAACCAGUAACCAGUUACCAGUAUCGAAGAAACAAACGAAACAAGCAAUUCGAGGCCACAGCAAAACAGUCCAAAAGAGCCAGUUACAAUUAUAAAUUAAAGACUCGAGUGGUCGGAUGCCCCACUCGAGACAGACUUUUUAGGCUACGCGUAUAUUUUUUAGUUGCUUUUUAUAUACAACAGCAACAGAUCUGGGAGGAGCUGCGGCCGAUCAACUUUCAGUAUGCAACAUGCCACAUGCAACAUGCCACAUGCCACAUGCAACAUGCAACAGGCAGACCGCAGCAGACAACAGUCAACUGGCAACCGUCCAGUCUACACCGUUUGAUAGCAACCAGCGAAAUUUAAGCAAAAUUAUACACACGUAGGGCUAAGAGGGGCGGUGCGGGUCGGUGCGGGCGUGCGACUAGGGCGGAUCACGAUCCCCAUUAGCGCUCCCGUCCGACCAGCACUCGACUUUCGAUUAUUGGGUAGCAUUGCAGUCUCCGCUCCGAGGAUUUUAAAUUUAUAACCGAGAAAAACGAAACACGAAGUUUAUUAAACAUUAAUUACUUUCCAAAUUCGUGCGCUUAGCGAGCAAAACCAAAACCAAAAACAAACCGAAGAAGGUUAAGAUAAAGAAUACUCACACAUGAACUAUAUACACUAUAUAUGAAUAUAUAUAUACACAUAUAUAUAUAUAUGUACUUGAGCGUAUUGAUGUUGCUUAACAAGAAAAACCAAAAAAAAAAAAAAAAAACUCUUCUCCCAGCCAGAAGACAUUUUUUGCCUUUCACGAAACGAAUUUCCCCUAAGAUACGAAAAUAUGAAAACUUGUUACCUUUGCCCCCGUUUGUUUGCGACAUGAGUUUCGUUGAAAUCAGGUCAGAUCAGAUCAGAUCGACUAUACAUACACUAUACACUACACACUACAAACCACACACCACACACCACACACUGCACACUAACAUAUAUUGUACCCAACACAUGAAGCCACGCACACGUAUCCAUUGCCUUAUAUCCAGAGAACAGAUAUCUGCAUCAUACCUUAUAUUAGUCUAAGAAUCAAGUACGAUAUGUAUGACCUAUGAGAGUUUGUUUGUUGAAUUUGCUUUUACUUUUUAGCAGCUUCGAUUUAAAUCAAAUAUACAUACUAAAUGCACACACCCCCGCACACACACACUGCUCGCGUAGGUGGUGUGCUCGUGGUGUGGUGUGUGUGGGCCCGUGUGUGCUCUAUAUAAUCAUUAGUACAGCAAGUGCAUGCAGAAAGUAAGAUUGUUACAAACAAGAGCCCAGCCGAGGUAUCGCUUACUGGCGGAUGAAGUAGUCACAUGGCUAGGCCCGACCAGGGAAGGAGUAGGAGUCGGUACGUAGGGAUGAGCGAGCCAGCACAAAGAUCUGAAAAUGGGCAGAGGUUACCGCGAAGGAAUAUAUAUGUAUUACAUUUUAUGAAACGUCAAGCUUAUCUCAAGAACUAUUUCCAAAACAAAAUCUGAAAUUAUAAUAAACGUAUUUAUGUGAA